AUGGCUGAGAAGUUGCUUAUCCUUGUUUUACUUACUAUAUUGAGUCUACAUGCAAAUUCUGGCUCUAUUGUCAAGUUUCUUCCUGGUUUUGAAGGUCCUCUCCCCUUCGAGCUUGAAACCGGGUAUAUCGGUAUUGGUGAAGAAGAGGAAGUGCAAUUGUUUUACUACUUCGUCAAAUCUGAGAAGAAUCCAAAAGAAGAUCCUCUUCUUCUCUGGUUAAGCGGAGGACCUGGCUGCUCAUCUCUCACUGGUCUUCUUAUUGAAAAUGGGCCUCUGAAAUUCAAAGUCGUGGAUGACUACAAUGGAGAUAUCCCCACUUUGAUUUCUACUACAUAUUCAUGGACGAAGGUGGCCAACAUAAUAUACUUGGACCAACCUGUUGGGACUGGUUUCUCCUACGCAAGAACUCAAUUUCUUGAUACACCUAGUGACUCUGGAGAAGCUAAGCGGAUCCAUGAAUUUAUUCGUAAGUGGUUUAGCAAGCAUAGAGACUUUAUUACGAAUCCUUUCUAUGUCGCUGGAGAUUCGUAUGCUGGUAAGGUUAUUCCGGCCACCGUUCAAGAAAUCUCCCAAGGAAAUGAUCUUGGCUUGAAACCUAAACUAAAUCUUGAGGGUUAUGUGUUGGGAAAUCCGGUAACAGACAUGGAAUUUGAGCAUAACCAGCGGAUUCCAUAUGCUCAUGAAAUGGGAUUGCUAUCUAAUGAUCUCUACGAGCUCCAAGAAGAUACAUGGAAGAACUCCUCCUUGCAAACCUUUCUCUUCCAUUUACUGUUGAAUGCUAUGUAUAUGCAGAAGAGCAAGAAAAGAGAGAAGAAGAGGAGAGAAGACGAAAUGAAGCAGAAGCAGCUUCUGUUGUCUAUCUUAACCCGUGAACUAUUGAAAAACCGUUACGCCGAUAACUCAAAGGAUGUCGUUGAAACGAGGAGUUUGGUAGCGAAAACAGAGACGGUCGUUAAGGCGGAGAAUGUGAAAUCACCUACAAAGCAGGGAGGGGUCAAGAGAGGAAGAGAGUCUCGUAGUGAAGAUGAAAGCCAUGAGCAUGUGUUUCUUGAUGAGCAAGAAACGUUUGCUGAAGAGACCUGUGUGAAAACCAAACGCUGCAAAUGUGGCUUUUCUGUCCAAGUUGAACAGAUGUAG